UCAGAUGACAAUAAUUCAAACCGCUACAUAAAUAUGCGAACAGAAGUUGUUGUCCGUGGGCCAUCAUUUUUAUCCAUUGCAAUAUCUAUGACAUGUUCUGCAUAAUUACAGCAAUAUACAUUUUAAAAUAAAACAUAGGAGUAAUGUACUUACUAACAUUUUCAGAAGAUGGCUGGAGCCGUUUCACUGCCAAUUUGGAUUUCAACAUCAACAUCCACAAAGAUCAAUGCUUACAAUGCCAAACCCAGAAUUUCUUAUCCUUUAAAAACUCCAAGAAAUGCAGUAGGGCCAAUAUUAUUCAACAAAACCCACAGUCUCUAUCCCUUAACCAUAUUUGAGAGAAGUGGCCGACAUGAACACCAUUUCACACCUAAAGCUGCUUCUUCCUCUUCGGUUGGAAGUGCAGAAGAACCGGCAACUAAGGUCAAGUUUCAAAGAUCACUGAGCCUACCUGGUUGCUCUACUUCAUUGUCAUUGCUUGGAACUGGUUACAGGGAAAAGGUUUUUGCAAUUAUUGGUGUCAAGGUCUAUGCUGCAGGACUCUAUGUCAAUGACUCUGUCUUUAGCAGGUUAGAUGAUUGGCGAGGACAUUCCGCUGCAGCAAUUCAGCAGGAUACUUCCUUGUUCAACAUGAUAUUUGAAGCCAAUCUGGAGAAAUCACUACGCAUUGUGCUGGUCAGAGACAUUGAUGGUAAAACUUUCUGGGAUGCCUUAGAUGAAGCCAUUUCUCCAAGAAUCAAGUCACCCACAGCCGAAGAUAAAUCUGCUCUUUCCACAUUCCGUGGUGUCUUUCAAGGGAAACCUCUUAAGAAAGAAACUUCCAUAUUCUUGACUUGGAUUGACCCAACCAAAAUGCUUGUUUCACUCUCUUUUGAUGGGACGCCUUCCUCAGUAGAUGCGACAAUUGAGUCUACAAAUGUUGCGUCUGCUCUCUUCGAUGUAUUUCUUGGCGGUGAUCCAGUUUCUCCUUCACUCAAAGCGUCAGUUGCUAAUGGACUGGAAGCUGCGCUCAAGUGAAGGCCAUAACGAGUUAGUCUUCCCGUUGGCUUUUAGUUCCCUGAUUUGUUAAUCAGUGAUUCAGUAGCGCAGCUCCAUUGGAAAAAAAUUGUUUUGUUAGUUUCCAUGUAUUGGGACCGGUAACAAGCAUUAUGCAAGCCAAGCAUUAAAAGUACAAUUAAUUAUUUGAGAGAAAUUCGCAUUAAAGCGAAACA